GAGCGAGCCACUUUGCCCCAGAGCCGGAGCUGAGCUCGAGCGGGAGCCCAGCCCCAGCCCAGCCCCAGCCCAGCCCCAGCCCAGCCGAUACCCCAGCGCGAGCGGAGCACAGCCGUCCAGCCGCUCAGCCCCGCGCCCCCGGCCGCCCUCCGUACUUCUCUCGGCUCUGCGAUCGCCCCCGCGGCCCCUGCGCCCAAUGAAACUGGCCGCGAUGAUCAAGAAGAUGUGCCCGAGUGACUCGGAGCUGAGUAUCCCUGCCAAGAACUGUUACCGCAUGGUCAUCCUCGGCUCGUCCAAGGUGGGCAAGACGGCCAUCGUGUCGCGCUUCCUCACGGGCCGCUUCGAGGACGCCUACACGCCCACCAUCGAGGACUUUCACCGCAAGUUCUACUCCAUCCGCGGCGAGGUCUACCAGCUGGACAUCCUUGAUACGUCCGGCAACCACCCGUUUCCCGCCAUGCGGCGCCUCUCCAUCCUCACUGGAGACGUUUUCAUCCUGGUGUUCAGCCUGGACAACCGCGACUCCUUCGAGGAGGUGCAGAGGCUCAAGCAGCAGAUUCUCGACACCAAGUCCUGCCUCAAGAACAAAACCAAGGAGGACGUGGACGUGCCGCUGGUCAUCUGCGGCAACAAGGGUGAUCGGGACUUCUACCGCGAGGUGGAGCCGCGCGAGAUCGAGCGGCUGGUGGGCGACGACCCCCAGCGCUGCGCCUACUUCGAGAUCUCGGCCAAGAAGAACAGCAGCCUGGACCAGAUGUUCCGGGCGCUCUUUGCCAUGGCCAAGCUGCCGAGCGAGAUGAGCCCGGACCUGCACCGCAAGGUGUCGGUGCAGUACUGCGACGUGCUGCACAAGAAGGCGCUGCGCAACAAGAAGCUGUUGCGAGCCAGCAGCGGCGGCGGCGACCCCGGCGACGCCUUCGGCAUCGUGGCGCCCUUCGCCCGCCGGCCCAGCGUGCACAGCGACCUCCUGUACAUCCGCGAGAAGGCCAGCGGCGGCGGCCAUGCCAAGGACAAGGAGCGCUGCGUCAUCAGCUAGGAGCCCCCUGCCCCCAGACCCCCGCGUCCGUGACUGAACCGAGGAGGACCUUUCUGUUUCAAAGUCACCCCGGGCCAGUCCCUGCGCCCCGGCCGGCCGCGUGCGUGGGGACUAGCGUCUUCCCUCCCCGGGCCCCUGGCCGAGCACACUGGGGAGGCAAUAACCAAAAAGGGACAGUCAUUUGUUCUGGAAGAAAAGAACUGGCCAAGAUUGGGACUUCUCCCCACCCCCCUCAUCCCCAGUGGCGCCUGCCACCCCCAGACGGGGGCACAGGCCGGCAGAGGGCGAAUUUGUCUUGUUUCUGACAAAGACAAGAGUGGGGAAGUGAGUUAAUCAGCCUCUGUUGGGCUUUGAGAAACCUGUCUUGCCCCCUGGAGGGUCAGGACAGGACAUGGGCAUUAUCUGAUUCUGGGGUGCCGUGACUGCUGAAAGCUAGAGGCUACUGAAAGCCUCUGCCCUCCAGAAACUAAGGGGGUGCAGGGGGUUCGGGUCAGAUCGUAGCCAAGUGACUUGUUUACAUGAGCGUGUGAAAUUGCACAAAGGAAAACAAAACACACACCUUGCACUUUAAUAGUUCUGAUGUCGUCAUGGACACGAACAAAAUCUUACCCAGCUGUUUGUACUGUGUGUGAUAGUCUUUAAAGUUAUUGUUACUGUUUUUUGUAAUUGAAAAUAAAACCGUUUAAAACAAA